AUGGUGGGCGGCAUGCUCCGACAUUUAAAGAGUGUUAGACAGAUGAAGAAGGAUCCUGGAUGGAUUGAGUCCUUGAUUGAAGAAGCCUACAACGAGCGCAUGCACCUCUUGACAUUCCUCGAACUGGCAGAUCCAGGUAUAUUCAUGCGCUUCAUGGUCUUGGCCGCGCAGAGCCUCUUUUUUAAUGCCUUCUUUGUCUCCUAUCUCGUUCUACCCAAAACAUGUCACCGGUUCGUCGGAUACCUACAGGAAGAAGCUGUCAUUACCUUUACACCUGCAAUCCAUGAACUCCAAGCUGGAAAGCUGCACGCAUGGGACGAUCUACCAGCACCGGAGAUUGCAGUCAAAGAUUGCAGAAUGCCAAAGGGAAAACAGAAGAUGCUUGAUUUGUUGCUCUAUGUUCGGAUGGAUGAAGCGAAGCAUCGCGAGGUGAACCAUACUUGGGGGACAGCAAGAGGAUCCCAAUCCUUAUACUGCGCUUUAUCACGAAGGGAAUAA